ACUGUAUGUGAAGGAGACGUGGUUUAGCUCACGUGACCCGGAAGAAGAAGCCCAGUGGACGUAAACACCGCAGACUUUAAGAAAGUUAGUUAACAGACUUCACCCACCACCUACCAUGACUUGUAGCGGGGACGAGGAGUACUCGUUCCCCGUGGAUGACUGCCUGUUCGCGGACACGUUCAGUCAGGAGAGCGUGUUCACUUUGUGGGGCGAGGAGCUGAAGAUAAAACAGGUGUUCGGUGGCAACCUCGGAGUCGCUGCCCCGGUCUGGAAAUCUGCGUUACACCUGUGUCGGUACAUGGAGGAGCAGAGAGUGGAGCUGCGGGGACAGCGCGUCAUCGAGCUGGGAGCAGGGACAGGAGUGGUCGGUAUUCUGGCUGCUCGUCUCGGUGCAACCAUGACUCUCACAGACCUUCCUCUGGCUGUCACACAGCUCCAGGCCAACGUCUCAUUGAACAUGCCAUCCAGUGGUUGGCCUUCUUCUCCUCCUACCGUCCUCCCUCUGUCCUGGGGUGAGGACCACAUGAACUUUCCGUCUGACUGGGAUCUGGUGUUAUGUUCAGAUAUAAUUUACCUCCCAGAGACGUAUCCACUGCUUUUGGAGACUCUAACUUACUUGUGCAAGAACGGUGCUGUUGUUUAUUCCUCGUCCAAGAUGAGAAAAGAGCAUAAGACUGAAUUUUUCUACGAGCAGUGUCUGCCGAGCAGAUUUAAUGUGGAGCUUGUGCAACGUGAUGACAAACGAAACAUUAAUAUCUACAAGGCAUCUCUAAGGACAGAUCAGUGAAAGCAAGGACAGUCAUCUACAGGCUUGGGACCAGUUACUGUACUGAAAAGUUAUGUCUCUGGUUCCUUGGAUAUGGUUUUUUAAGUAGCAGUGAAGACAUUCUGCCACAGGAAGCUGCUAGAGUAUAGAUUCUUUGGCAGCAAAUUGCACCCUACUGAUUGAUGUUCUCCUUAAAUGUUCAGUGUGUAAGAUUUAGGUGAAAGGGAUU